AUGUUUAUAAAUUCAAUUGUCUUACUUUUAUUGAAUUUUCAAUGUAUUUUUGCUAUUCCCUACCUAGUUUCCUUAAAGCUACCCGAGACUCUUGAAACAUUCUUGACUUACGAUGUCAAAUAUCCUCAAACUCAAAGGAUCAAAUCUUUGAUUGGUGAUACAUUCACAAUUGGCAACUUCACAAUCAUGUCUGGGAAUUUCACUAAAGUUGCACUAGAGCGGUGGAAAAGGUGUCCUUUGGUAGCAGACAUCACCCCCGAUACUAUAAUCAACGCCUUUGAGAUUGAAGAGCAGUAUAACUGCCCGAGACACCUUGCUAGACUCUCUCUGUACAAUAAGUUGGGGGACGAUGAUUUUUCAUACUUCUACGACUCUCAAUAUUCGGGCCAAGGAGUGAACGCUUACGUUCUAGACUCCGGAGUGGCAGUUGAGCAUCCAGAAUUUCAAGGAAGAGCAUCGACUGGUUAUGAUUUUACAAAUGAAGGAUCCGGAGACACCAAUGGCCAUGGAACUCAUGUGGCAGGAUUGAUAGGAUCAAGAACAUAUGGUGCUGCUAAGAAAGUUAAUAUCAUUGAAGUCAAGGCCUUGGAUCGAAAAGGAGCAGGCUCUUUGAGUACAAUUAUUUCAGCUAUCGAAUUUACUGUCAACCAUCGAAAAAAAAGCGGAAGACAAGGCGUUGCAAAUCUUUCCUUAGGGGCAGCUAGGAAUAAAGUCCUUAAUCAGGCUAUUGAAGCUGCUGUUAAAACCGGUUUAGUUAUGGUUGUUGCAGCUGGAAACUCAAAUGUCAAUGCAUGCUUAUCUAGUCCGGCAAGUGCAAAAUCUGCCAUCACUGUCGGUGCUAUCGACGAUAGGAGUGAUGGGAUAGCUUCUUUUUCAAAUUGGGGAGAAUGUGUUGACGUAUUCGCUAGUGGUGCAUACGUUGCUAGCGUUAACGCUCAAGAUUAUAACAAGCCUCAGAUAUUAUCAGGUACAUCCAUGUCCGCUCCAAUCGUGACUGGUUUUAUAUCAACCCUAUUGAGUAAAGGAGUCAAGCCAAAGAACAUCAGAGAAGAAGUCAUCAACAUGGCAGCAACCAACAGAAUUCCAAGAUCGUCUGUAUUUCUUAGAAUAAAAACACCCAAUAGAAUCGCUUAUAAUGGUUUGGGCAGGACGAAAACCGACUCAGAUUCUGAUUCAGACUCAGAUUCUGAUUGA